UGCACACCACAGCAGUCCCUCCCUGGAGGAGUAGCUUUCCUUCUCCCUGCUUCUCUUUCUCUCUCUCUGAGCAACAGCACCACCUGUGAGGGAGGAAGCGGGAGGGAGACGGAAAAGGCGCGCAAGGGUUUCUCGAAGCCCAUUUUGAGUGGAAACGGACACCCAAAGCGCCUCUGUUGUGCCCAAGGUUUGGGCCCAGGCUCCAGAGGCUCCCUGGCUAUCCUUUCCAUCUCGCCAUUGAGAUUUCCACAGAGAGAAAGAGGAGGAGGAGCAGGAGGAGCAGGCGCCUCGUGAAGGUCGUUGCUUGCUGCUGUGGCGGCAUCUUCCCCGCCUUCCCGCUCCCCUCGCCUUCCUCCAUCCAGCCUGCUUUUGAAAGCCAGUCAAGGAGACCAAGGAGGGCUUCAUUUCCACCCAUUGAGAGCUUUUCCCGCUGAAAGAGAGAGAAAAAAACCCUCCCCAAAGCGGUCCCCAUCUCGAAAUUGGAGAAAGCGCGAGGUUGCUCUUGGAACAAAGGACGCGGAAGGCGGGGCACCUUGACUGGAGAUUUGGGCGCCUUUCUCCCCUCUGGAAAGAACCGAGGCCAAGAAGGAAGGGAGGAAAGAAAGGAAGGAAGGAAGAAAGAAGGAAAACCCUGCUUAACAGAUUUUAAAGCUUUCCCUGACCUCCAAAGACCAAGUGGACUUUAAGAUAAGUUCCCUAAACCAGCAUGCCUUUCAAAACAGGACUAGAACUAACAGAGAUGCAGAACAUGAGGAUCCCGGAGGAUGACAAUGUCAGCAAUGAUUCCAAUGAUUUCACAGAAGUAGAAAAUGGGCAGAUGAAUAGCAAGUUUAUUGCAGACCGUGAGAGCAGAAGAAGUCUAACCAACAGCCACUUGGAAAAGAAAAAAUGUGAUGAAUACAUCCCAGGAACAACAUCAUUGGGGAUGUCUGUCUUUAAUCUCAGCAAUGCCAUCAUGGGCAGUGGUAUAUUAGGUCUUGCCUUUGCACUGGCUAAUACAGGAAUCUUGCUCUUUUUAAUGCUUCUGAUUUCAGUGACACUGCUUUCUAUUUAUUCAAUAAAUCUCCUGUUAAUUUGUGCCAAGGAAACAGGUUGCAUGGUUUAUGAAAAACUUGGUGAGCAAGUCUUUGGCACUCCGGGAAAAUUCAUUGUUUUUGGAUCUACAUCUCUGCAGAACACUGGAGCAAUGCUGAGCUAUCUCUUCAUAGUUAAAAAUGAACUACCUGCUGCCAUAAAGUUCCUUAUGGGAGAAGAAGAAUCAUUUUCGGCCUGGUAUGUGGAUGGGCGAGUUCUUGUUGUAACGGUGACAUUCUGCGUAAUCCUUCCAUUAUGCCUUCUUAAGAAUUUAGGAUAUCUCGGCUAUACCAGUGGUUUUUCCCUGACCUGCAUGGUAUUUUUUCUCAUAGUGGUCGUCUACAAGAAAUUUCAGCUUCCCUGUCCCUUUCUAGAAGGAAACACAAAUAGAACCGACUCUGCAUUUUCAAACUCUAGUUCUCUUUCUGAGGAUAUGUGCACUCCCAAGUAUGUGACCUUUAAUUCUAAGACAGUGUAUGCUUUGCCCACCAUUGCAUUUGCAUUUGUGUGUCACCCUUCAGUCCUUCCAAUCUACAGUGAACUUAAAGAUCGUUCUCAGAAAAAGAUGCAGAUGGUUUCAAAAAUAUCUUUCUUUGCCAUGUUUGUUAUGUACUUCCUGACUGCCAUUUUUGGCUAUUUGACUUUUUAUGAAAAUGUGCAAUCAGAUCUGCUUCACAAGUACCAGAGUAAAGAUGACAUCCUGGUCUUAACAGUCCGCGUUGCUGUCAUCGUUGCAGUUAUACUCACAGUCCCAGUGUUGUUUUUCACUGUACGCUCUUCUAUUUUUGAGCUCGCUAGGAAAACCAAAUUUAACUUAGGCCAUCACAUUGUAGUCACUUUGAUCCUUCUGAUGAUUAUUAAUCUGUUAGUCAUUUUCAUACCUUCCAUGAAGGAUAUUUUUGGAGUUGUAGGGGUAACUUCUGCCAACAUGCUGAUCUUUAUUCUCCCAUCUUCACUCUAUUUAAAAAUCACCCACCAAGAUGGCUCAAAACUGAUUCAGAGGAUUUGGGCUUCUCUCUUUUUGGCACUGGGAAUAUUGUUUUCCCUGGUCAGCAUUCCUCUUGUCAUCUACGACUGGGUACACUCAGGAGACACUGCUGACUGAGGCCACUGAGACAUUGAGAAGAAAACAUGUAUAUUUUGCUACUCACCAAAAUUGAUCCAGCCCAUUUGUCAGUAUAAACCCAUUCUUCAUUUUUUGACAUCAAAAUACUAGCAGCCCAUGUUUUCCUGCUGGAGACAGACACUUUACUGUAAUGCUUCACUCAGUUUUCUGUUUCAGAAACUACUGGAUCAGUAGUAAGUUUAUGAUUGUGGUUAUUACAAUUCUACAUACUCACAAAUUUGUUCAUGAGUAAUAGGUACUCUGUGUGUGGCUAUUAUUACAAAAAUAAUGGAAGUAGGAUACUAUACUUAGAUUGAGUAUCCUUUAUCCAGAAUUCAAAAAUCCGUAAGUGUCCACAUCAGUGGCUAGGAUAGUGACAACUUUGCUUUCUAAUUGUUCAGUGUACACAAACCUUGUGUAUGCACAAGCUUGAUUAAAAAUUGUGUAUAAAAUUACCUUCAGGCUAUGUUUACCAGAUGUAUAUGAAACAUAAAUUAAUUUUGGAUUUAGACUUGGGUCCCAUUCUAAAAUAUCUCAUUGUGUACAUGUAAAUAUUCCAAAAUCCAAAAAAAAAAAUCCAAAAUACAACACUUCUGGUUCCAAUCAUUUUGAGACAAGGGAUACUCAAUCUGUUCUUGCAAGUUCAUGCCUCAAUUCAUUUUCAGUUUAAAGAUCAACUAGCCAGCCUUAAUCAGAUGUAGUUCUCAGUCCUUUUAGGUAACUUUGCAUUUACCUAAUUGUACUGGUAUAGCAAUGUGGUAAAUUGAUACAUAACUUAGUAGUUGGUAACCAGUCAAAUCUGGAAGCUUGUUGAUAUUGGUAAACAAAGCUUGUACACAAUUUAGCCUUAGUAGUUCACCCUAAGGGAAUCAUCUUUGUAUAUUACAUUUUGUAUUAAUCCGUGGAAGUUAAUGCAUAUAUAUUACCUGGUGUUUUUCUUUUUCAGAAAAAGUUUAUGGUUUAUGUUUGAGUCAGAGUUUGGCAGUUAAGUUUUGGACUAUAGCUCUCACGUUUCCUCAACCAGCGUGAUCAGUGGCUCCUUACUAGCCAGUGAACAGAAGGUAGGGAAUCCUGGGGAGUUAUAGUUUUAAAAAAAUAAUAUUUACAGACUGUGGAUCAGAGAGACAAUGAUCAGAAAGGCUUUGGUCACAUGAAUUGCUAUUAACUGCAGAAUGCUGGAAUCCAGCAGAAGCUGCAGUGUUGAUAAUGUCUUAAAUUGUUGUAAGAAAAAAAGGAUGGAUUGCUUAGACCUUUGCUUCUCCAGCUGUUUUUAAUGUUUCAUAAUUCCUUGCUGCUGACCAUGCCAUUUGGGGCAUAAGCAUCUGGAAAAUCAAAGAUCCAUUGUUCCUGGAUUAGACAUUUCAAAGUUGGAUUCAAAGUUGCUUCUACAAAGCAAUGAUUAUGAAGCUGAAUUAGCCGAAAAGCACAAUACAUAAGCAUUCCAUGCGUUUAAAAAGUAAACCAUCUUGGAGAGAUAGGGAGAGAAAAUUAAUUUACUGAAAAACAAGUGAGGAGGAACUUUUCAUGCAGGCUACAGAUAGGCAACAAUUUUAAGUCCUAAAGCAGUACACGUAUGACUGUGUACUAAAGCUAAGCCUAAAUUAGUAAGGUUUCAUAGAAUUGGAAAGUUUGAAUAGGCCACAAGGGCCUUGUAGUCUAAGCCCCUGCCAUGUAGGAAUGCACAACUAAGUACUGCUGAAAGAUGACCAUUUAACUUAUGCUUAAGGAUCCCAAAUGAUGGAGAUUCUAUCAGCCUUCAAGGCAUGUAACUCCACUGUUGAUCUGUUCCAUCAGUAAAGAAGUUAUUUCUAAUGUUUAGGUGGAAUCUCUUUUCUUAUCAUUUGAAUCCAUUGGUGUCUAUCAUAGUCCCUAUAGCAGCAAAAAUGAAGUUUUUUCAUAUUCUAUGUGACAUCACUCCAGAUACUUAAACUAUCUAUUAUGUCACUUCUCACCCUUCUCUUCUCCAAGUUAAACAUGCCCAUAUCCCUCAGACAUUCUUUGUGAAGCUUGAUUUUCAGACUUUUGAUACUCUUAACUGCCUUUCUCUAGACAUAUUUCAGCUCGUCAGUAUCCUCUUUAACUGAACACAAAGGUGACUAUGAUUCUUCAUGCCAGGGAUCAAAUCCCCAUUCAGCCAUGGAAACCCACUGGGUGACCUUAGUCACAUCAUACUCUCUGGGUUUCAGAGGAAGGCAAAGGCAAAUGCUGCCAAGUAAACCUGUGGUAGCUUCACUGUAGGGUCUCCAUAGGUAGGAAAUGACUUUGAAGACACAAAACAAUAACAUUCCACAUGUGGUCUGACCAGUGCAAACUUGAGUGGUGUUAUUACUUUGCUUGAUCUGGAUAUUAUGCCCUUGAUGAUCAAGCCUAGAAUUGCAUUGGCUUUUCAGGAUGGUGUAUCACACUAUUUAGUUUGUAGUAUACUUAAUUUGUUAGAUCCUUUAAAACUCCCUAUCUCCUUGACCAUUGCUGUUUUUUCCUUUGGAUUCAUUCGGGGAGCAAACUUUUUUUCCGCUGCCCUGGAGACUAGGAUGCAGAACAAUGACUUCAAACUACAGCAAAGGAGAUUCCACUUGAACAUCAGGAAGAACUUCCUAACUGAGAGCUGUUCAGCAGUGGAACUCUCUGCCCCAGAGUGUGGUGGAGGCUCCUUCUUUGGAGGCUUUUAAACAGAGGCUGGAUAGCCAUCUGUCGGGGGUGCUUUGAAUGCAAUUUUCCUGCUUCUUGGCAGGUGGUUGGAUGGCCUACAAGGUCUCUUCCAACUCUGUGAGUCUAUUAUUCUAUAUCCACCCUGUUUUCAUUCUUCAAAAUGAUAAAAAGAGAGUUUUUUUUCCAUAUACCUGUCUGUACUCAUUCACCAUAAUCCUAGAGCAGCCCUGUACAAAUGGCCUUCCAGAUGUUGGGCUCCAACUCUUGAGUCAGUGGUCAAGAAUCCACAAAAUCUGAAGAGCCACAGGCAUAUCCUAGUGCAGGCAUAUCCUAGAGCUUGGGGAAAAAAAUCUUUUUUGGAAUACUACUCCCAACAUUCCUUACACAGCUAGUUGAAUUCUGGAAAUUAACUUUCCUAAGCUCUGAUCAGUCUCCAUUUUGACAACAGACUAUGAAAUAUAGAUUAUUGUAAUGCACUCCACAUGAGAAACUUUAAGAAUGGAAUAUUAUUGCCUGACAUGGGACAGUAUAGCAUGGGACAACACGAUCUUGUGACAUUAAUCUUUACUGUUAUUUGCUAUCAAGCUGACUUCAACAUAUGGUGACCCUGUGAAUGGGAGACUUCCAAUAUCCUCUACUGAGGUCUUACAAACUCAGAGCCAUGACUUCCUUGAUUGAAUCAAUCUACUUGUUGUGCAGUCUCCCACUUUGCCUACUGCUUUCUACUUUAUCAUCAUUAUCUCAUGAUAUGUCCAAAAUAUUACAAUCUCAUUUUAGUCACCUUUGUGACCAUUGUGAGACCACACUACACUGGUUGCUAGGUCAUUUCUGAACAUAAUUCAUAGUGGUGCUUUAUACCUACAGUAUAACAUAUAUAAAUUUAGUUAUGCUGCCAAUGAGUAAUAGGAGUAGGGGAAGUUCCACACAUCAUGAACUGUUUGGGUUACACUGAGUUACAUGGAAGCAAAUGUCUUUUUUUUUCCUCAAAAGAAGCCUCCACCACCACAAGGAGAAGAAUAUGUAAUCUUUUCUCCCCAUUUGUGGCUUCAUUUCGUAGGUCCUCUAGCUUAUAACAGUCUGCCCACCACAUUUGUGGUUCUGAUUUUUGUGAAUUUGAUUAUUCAUGGAUUUGAUUAAAAGGUUGACUAUUGAAUUGUGGUGGAGAUCUCUAGGAAUCUUCUAGUGUAACUGUAGUCCAUCAGAAGUUGCACAUAGACUCAUACUGGAGGACCUAGAGGUUCCCAGAGUGUUCCCAGGUGUUUUUUUCCUAGAAUGUUCAUAAAAAUGCAGGUCCGAGAUAAAAUAGGCAUAAAAGAAGAAAUUUAACCUGUGUAAAUUACAUUGUGUACCUAUCAACUCAAUCAUAUGUCCUUUCUCAGCUCCACACAUUGUUUUGAGUAAACAUCUGUAAUACAGAAAAUUGAGAUAUGUGGUUUUCCUGUAGAUUCCCAUGACGCAGAGAUUUGUUUUGGAACCAAUCAAGAGAAAAUAGCCACUGAUAUAGAUUGUGUCCUUAUGUAUAUUAACUCCCAUUGAGUCGAGUUACUUGUAGGUAAUUGUGCAGCUUAAGAAUGCAGUCCAGACAAUCAGCUAGUAUAGUCAGCUAUUUAGACUCAAUAGGUAAGUUUCUGAUGAAGUGGAAUCAAACGAAACCAAUUGCUUUGAAAGGUAGCCGAAACCUAAUGCAAUCGUCCCCACCCAGUGCCCUUCUUUUAUUUUCAGCUACAGCUCCUGUCAUCCAUGCCUACUGGCCAUACUGACUGGAUUGAUGGGAAUGGUUUUCUGCAAACUUUGGAGGGUACUAGGUUAGAAAAGGCUUCUCUGCUGUUGGUUCACAUUCUCAUUGGGUUUAGCAUCCAACUGCUUUAGCACCUGUUAUCAAAUACAGAGACCUUUUUUCUUCUUUUUAUAUAAUGAUUUAUGGAUCAUUAUUACUCAUGUUUUGCAGUUACAAGUCUUUACUUUAUCAAGUUCUGAUUCUGGAACCAUUAGUCAUCCUGAUACUCAGCCACUUGUAUAUUUUAAACCAAAAUUUUCAGGGGCACCUGUACCUACUUAAUGAGCUCCAUUCAGUAACUAUUUUGCCUCUUUGUGGAAUGUGUACUAUUUUGGAAUGUCUUAUUUAUCACUUCUUCAAAGUGCUUUAUCUGUAUCGCAUAGUUCAUCUUCAAAAUUGCUCUGUGAAGUAGAUUGGUAAUAGUUCCAUUUACAGAUGGACAGCUGAGGCCAAGAAUGAAAAUGACUUGCUUAUUGCCAAGCAAGGAGUUGAAUUCAGGUCUCCAGAUUAAGUCUAGCAAUGUGUCUGUUAAACAGUUUAAAAAAUACAUAUAUAUACAGACAGUGGGUUGUUGUGAGUUUACCGGGAUGUAUGGCCAUGUUCCAGAAGCAUUCUCUCCUGGAAGAUGGGUUUUAUAUAUCUGUAUCACAACGCUCUCUGGGCCAUCCUCCAAAAAAUCAGGUGCCCUGACAAAUUUGUGAACAUCCUGUGGCUCCUCCAUGAUGACAUGAUGGCAACAGUCUUGAACAGCAGUGGCUCCCAAAGUGACCCAUUGAAGGUGGAAUCGGGUAUCAAACAGGGAUGUGUUACUGCCCCAACCUUAUUUUCCAUCUUCAUUGCUAUGAUACUUCAUCUUGUUGAUGGGAAGCUUCCCACUGCAGUGGAAAUCGUCUAUCUGACAGAUGGCACGCUGUUUAACCUCAGCAGACUGAAAGCCAAAACCAAGGUCACAACAACAUCUAUUAUAGAACUCCAAUAUGCUGAUGGCAAUGUCAUCUCUGCACAUUCAGAAGAAGACCUACAAGCCACUCUAAACACCUAUGCAGAGGCAUAUGAGAAGCUCAGCCUCUCAUUGAACAUCGAGAAAACCAAAGUGCUCUUCCAGCAGUCAUGAACCAACUCAUCUACAAUGCCAGAAAUACAGCUUAAUGAUGUAACAUUAGAAAAUGUUGACUAUUUCUGCUGCCUCGGCAGCUACCUCUCCACAAAAGUCAACAUUGACACUGAAAUACAACACCAUCUAAGCUCUGCGAGUGCAGCAUUUUCCCAAAUGAAGCACAGAGUGUUUGAGGACCGGGACAUCUGUAGGGAUACCAAGGUGCUUGUUUAUAAAGCUAUUGUCCUCCCAACCCUGCUAUACGCCUGUGAGACGUGGACUGUCUACAGACGUCACAUGCAACUCCUGAAACAAUUCCAUCAGCGUUGCCUCCGAAAAAUCCUGCAAAUCUCUUGGGAAGACAAGUGGACAAAUGUCAGCGUGCUGGAAGAAGCAAAGACCACCAGCAUUGAAGUGGUGGUCCUCUGCCAUCAACUACGCUGGACUGGCCAUGUUGUCCAAAUGCCCAAUCACCAUUUCCCAAAGCAUUUGCUCUACUCCAAACUCAAGAAUGAAAAAUGGAAUGUUGGAGGACAGGAAAAGAGAUUUAAAGAUGGACUCAAAGCCAACCUGAGAACAGGGAAAUCCUGGCCCGUAAGUGCUCUAACUGGAGGUCAGCUGUGACCAGCAGUGCUGUAGAAUUUGAAGAGGCAUGAAUGGAGGGCGAAUGAGAGAAAUGAGAGAAACUGCAAGAGGAAGGCGCAUCAAGCCAACCCCCUACAGGGACCACCUUCCACCUGGAAACUGAUGCCCUCACUGCGAGAGAACAUGCAGGUCAAGAAUAGGGCUCCCAGUCACCUAUGUACCCAUCGCCAGGACACCGAACUUGGAAGACAAUCUUACUCAGACAACGAGGAAUCGCCUUAGUAAGUAAAGCAAUUUUCCUAGUUUCCAUCAGACCUUACAACCUCUGAGGAUGCCUGCCAUAGAUAGAGGUGAAACUUAAGGAGAGAAUGCUUCUGGAACAUGACCAUACAGCCCGGGAAACUCACAACAACCCAGUCAUUCCAGCCAUGAAAGCCUACGACAAUACAAUAUAUAGACAGGUUCAAAGAAUAGUAGGGGAAAUUGUGUAUGGAUUUGAUCUGACUUAUGAAGCUUUGCACUAGAUUUUUUUUUAAAAAACUAAUGAGAUAAAAUAAUUUACUUGGUGACUGUCUUAGGAGUCACUAAAAUAUUGUGGCACACUUCCAGAUAAAUUAGCAAAUUAUUUGUAAUGAAUAUAUAGCACACAAAGCAUUGAGCACAGAAAAAGCACAUCUCUAGGGUCAUACAGGAUUAAUAGUAAUGUUGUGAAAGUUCAGUGAUAGCUAGGUCACAUAUAUUUAAGAAAUACAGAAUUUCUUAUGGUUAUUUUUAUAUUCCAAACAAAAUUAUGGAGAGAUUUCAAACAGAAUAAUUCAGAAUUCUAUCUACUUAGUUUUCUAUGUUAAUGUCAGUGUGCUGCUUCCCUGCACUUUCUCUGUGUCUAGGAGUGAUGUUUUAUUGCCUUAAAACAGCCUUUCCCAAACUGGUACAUUACACUUCUCUUCCGCAACACAGUUGCUGGGAAUGACAUGAAUUGUAAUUUUAACACACCAAAUGCAUGCCAGGUUCAGGAAGGUUGCCUUAGGUGACUUUAAAGGAUGAAUCCAUAAAUACACGGAGGAGAGAUCUAUCAACAACUGUUAGCUUUGCUAAGUAACAGUUAACAAUGGAAACACUUGAGUGCCCAUGAGUACCAGUCCAUUAAUCACUAACUAUGAAUAGUGCUGCCACCAUAGACUAGUUGUGGGCUCUCCUGACUCCUUUGGGGAUGAAUGAUAAGAGGGCAACACCAGGCCCUCUUAACAUCACAUGUGAGUCACAUGCGGACCUGAUCACCAUUGGAUAGUGCUUCUAAAGAAACUGUGCAGUGAAAACUUUUUUCUCCUUUCUCUUCUGAAAGGAAAGGAUAUUGCCUGUCCUCUUCUCCAGGUCUCUAUGGUGCUAAAGGAUACUCAAAUAUCUUUUUGUACUGUAGAAUAUAAUUGCUGUGAUACUUGGUGAGUCCAUCAAACAGAGUCACAAUUUCAUCAGCUGCUGUAUGUUAGAAGUCAUGCUACUGCUGUUGGAGCAUGGAGUCUCAUGUUGACAUCCUUGGCCAAGAAAUUUGAUCAGGGAUAGACAACUAUGGACAGCUAGGAAGUUGGAUUAGCCCCCCCCCCCAAGACUUUGGAGGACUGCAAUCUCCACUUUACCUACCCCACAAAAAAAAUCGAAUAUGUUUUGUUCCCUAAACACUUUUUAGGUGAUGUGACAUUAUUCCCAUUUUGUUUAGGGACUUUCUUUGACAUUUGAGCCAUUUUCAUGUAAAUUAAAAUUUGUUUUCACCUUUGAGAUCCAGAGAUGGAAAUACUUUUCUGGGGGAGGGGGGACUCUUUAGUGGUAAUUUUGAAGCAAAGGGGGGUUUUUGAAGAAAAAUUGUGACUUGUAGAGCUUUUCUAAAACAGACUGGAAGGUCCACAUUUGGCCCAUUGACCAUACUUGGCCCAUCCCUGGAUUAGAUGAACUGUUCGUUUUGCACAGCAGGAUUCUUAGAUUUUGACAGCGUGUCAAAGUCUUAAAUCUGUUCUUUCCUAUUAGGGCAGAUGCAUUAAUUCUGUUGCUAGGAUGAUAAAUCAGCAUUUGUGUUAAUCCCAUUGAUUCAGUGUAUCUAGUAGUUGGAACCAGCUGUCUAAUUCAUGUUGAAGGUCACCCCUAAGCAUUGCUUUAUAGAACAAAAAGUGUACAGUUAUUGUAAAGGAUCCAAAUACCUCUUCAUUGCCUAACUUGGUAGGAUGUCUGCUGGAGAAAAGCCACAUUUUCUCACAUACAAAACAGGAGAAUUUUGCUUCAGAUGAAGAAGAAAUGAAGAACAUGGGGGUUGGAUCCAGUAUCUUGGUUUGUCAGGGACAGAACUGGUUAACCGUUUGGCACCCAGUUUUACCAGCCCCUUUCUAAAGUGCCCCAGUUUUCUAAUUCUCACUUUCUUCCAUCAUUCAUUCUUUCAUUGAUGCAAGCUGAAUUCAGAGUACAAAAGUAAUUUGAACUCACUACCUCUGAGGAUGCUUGCCAUAGAUGCAGGUGAAACGUCAGGAGAAAUGCCUCAGUCUAGAACAUGGCCCUAUAGCCCGAAAAAACCCACAAGAACCUAGUAGUUUGAACUGUUGAAUUAAACCAGCAAGAAGGAGAGAAGGAGCGUAGUUUUGGCCUUCCCAUUAGGAUCUCCUUCUCCCAAGAUUUCCUAAACUCAAUAUAUAAUAUAUAUAAACUCCUGGGCUUACUCACUUAAAAUGGUGGUUUUAUGCGCUCUUCCCCAUUACUGACUUUUGUUGCUUGUCCUUGUGUAUCUCAGUUUUCAGCUGGGGGAAGUGUUGGAGCAUAUGCUCUUCAUCCCCUAUGUAUGAAUUUGCACUUUUGCUUGAGCACCAAAUACAAUCUGGAUGAAAUUUAAGACUAGAAUUUCUUUAGCUAGCUCUCCUUGGUCCUUCACUCUGAAGUCAUUCUUAUAAAACCCCAAAAGAAUGUAUCUGUUCAGAUGGAUUUUCUAAAAGAUCCUCAAAUCUUCUCUCUAAAAUAAGUAUCUCUGAAAGUGCUGCUUGGUGUCAGAAGUUAUUACUUUGUGCAUGUAGUGUGCACAGUUCUAAACUGAAUGUUCGCAUUGUUUCACAGUGUAAUGCCUUCUGUUUUCAAAUGUGAAGAUGAUAAUGUUGAAGGACUUAUUGAUAUUCCAUACUUUGUAUAUAGAUAUAUAUAUAUAUAUAUCCCUGGGACUGAUUUUUGUUCACAGCAACAAAAAGAAUCUAUGCAGGUGUGUGGUACUGUAGGAAAUGUUUCAUUUGUGUUGUAAGCCACCCCGAAUCCUUUCGGGGAGAUGGGGCAGGGUAUAAAUAAAGUUAUUAUUGUGUAUGUAUGUAUGUAUAUAUAUUUGUAAAUAAAUAGGAUGCUUCUAUUUUUGCAGUUGUGUAUUCCAUAAAAACAAAGGUGUUGAGUUAGUUCAUCUGUAAGAAUAAUAUAAAGUGUUUGCAGCCAGAUCUGAAUAGUAGCAUUAACGCCUUAGCUUUUAACUUAAUUACAUCUGCCCUCUCCUUUUUUCCACUGUCGUGUACCAUUUCACUCUGUAAGAAAGUUUCCUAGAGCAAAUCGUAAUGGUUCUGUAACUGCGUUGUUUAUUGUAGCACAUUUCUUAAGAGCACAAUCCCAUGAAAUGCCAGAGCUUAUUCCUAACUACAGUUGAUUUAUCUGUGUCAUCAGGAAACAGCUUGUAAUCCUUUUGCAGUGCCCUUUAACUAGAGCUUGGGAAACUGUGCAUCGUUACUGGGGGUAGAAGGGCAAUUGUCCAAGAUCUGUCUUUAAUGUUCUGUACUGUGAUCCAGAGCUUUAUGUGUGCCCAGUUGUGACCACAAACAAUGAAAGCAACAUUAUAAGAAGCCAACUGUGUGGUUUAUGUAGCCCAAUGGUGUACUGACAUUAAGUUCUCCAAACAUUAGUUUUCCUCUGCUAUGUGAGAACCUUGAAUUGAAAAGGCUUACGAUUGAACUUUAUAUAUAUAUGUUCUGUCAGCAAGGUGUAGCUCAUCUCCAGAUGGUACAGCUCCAUACAGAAAAGAAAUAAACCAAGAGGUGAUUUCUAUACCAAGAUGACUGAUUAUAUACUGCUGGGUGUUCACUGGCUACUGUUGGUUCAAGCUGCUUUCCAAAAAGACUUGUACAUAUAAGCACAUUUGAAAUUGAGGUUUUUCAGUAACAUUGCCUGAGGAAGCUAUUGUAUAUCUGUGACAAUGGGAAUCAGUGCUAAUCCUUCAAUCUCUUUGGUUUUAGACUCAUUCAUUAUAGUGUAUCAAAAGUGAGCUAUAGACAAGGAAUAAGAGAUAGUCAUUCUGACAGUUUGCAUUCACGAAGAAGUUAUUUUUCUGCUUCUAGAGCAGUGGUUCUCAACCUGUGGGUCCCCAAGUAUUUUGGUCUACAACUCUCAGAAAUCCCAGCCAGUUUACCAGCUGUUAGGGAGUUGAAGGCCAAAACAUCUGGGGAUGCACAGAUUGAGAACUACUAUUCUAGAGGGAGGGCGUGAUAUGUAUUCUUUACUGAUAGGGGUUAUCCUCUUUCCUAUUCACUGUCAAGGAAAUGUUCCCAUAUAUAGAAAUAUAACAAACACCGUUCACAGAAAUGUUAAGUGAGCACUGAUAAUUGCAUUUUGUUUGGUCUUUUUGUAGAACAGACAAUCCAGACCUUAAGUAUUCAAUGAUAAAAUAUUUUGCCAUGCUUUCAGUUACCUACUAAAUUGGGCCUUACAGUAAAAACAAUAAUCCUGCUCAAUUUUUUCAUAUUAAUAAUAUUUUCCUAAUUUGAAAUAUAUCUGUUCAGAUUUUUGAGGGUAAUUUUUUGUGAUUAUGAUGGAGAACUUGAAAGAGCUACAGUUUUAAGUAUGAACAUCAAUUUCGGGGGGGGGGGGACUUAAACUGUUACUUUUCAAAUUACUGUGUUAUUUCUUCUUUCUGGUGCUGCAAACACUAAAACUGAAUGUACUGAAAGAAAUGUCAUUGAUUCUUAAGAAAUGAACAGAAUUUACACUUGUUUGGACUAAAUCAGAUUCUUGAAGUCUGAACCAAUGUUAAUAUUUGCCUUAUUUACCCACUCGUUUUUCAAAAAGAACUAUUUGUAAUUAUGUUGUUGUCGCUCUGGCUUGUACGUUAUCAUUCCUUGUGUUUGUAUUUAAUGAUAUACAUAUAAAUGAUACUAUAUGUAAAUAAAACAAGGUUCUGAAUUCUGAAA